CCUCAUCGUGGCCGUCAGCUUCGCCGCUCUGGCGCUCACCACCUCGGCCCGCGUCCGCCACUCGUGUCCCUUCUGGGCCGGCUUCUCGGUGCUGCUGUCAGGAUUGAUUGGUGUUGUUUCAUGGAAGAGGCCCCUUUCACUUGUGAUAACCUUUUUCAUGCUGCUCUCUGCAGUGUGUGUAAUGCUGAAUUUAGCUGGUUCCAUUCUUUCUUGUCAGAAUGCUCAGCUAGUAAAGUCCCUGGAAGGAUGUCAGUUGAUUAAAUUUGACAGUGAUGGUGUCUGUGUUUGCUGUGAAAUGCAGCAUCAAACGUCAGGUUGCAGUAACCUUGGAGAAAUGCUGAAACUGAACCCUCUGCAGGAAUGUAAUGUUGUGAGGUUGACCCUAAAGGACCUGUUGUUCAGUGUGUGCGCUCUCAAUAUCAUCUCCACCAUUGUCUGUGCUUUGGCAACAGCAAUGUGUUGCAUGCAGAUGGUUUCUUCUGAUCUUCUGCAAAUGUUUCUGCCGCAGCGGCCACAUUCUGCCAAUGCAGACUGCAUGACUCCACAUGGGACAGUUCUGCAUCAGACUUUGGAUUUUGAUGAGUUCAUCCCACCAAUACCACCUCCACCCUACUACCCACCAGAAUAUACCUGCACACCUGUGGUAGAGGCACAGAGAAGUCUCCAUUUGGAAUUUCCUCAUUCUCCAUUCAGUGCUUUAUAUGAAGUCACAAUUAACAGCCCAGGAAUGCUGUAUCCAACUGAGCUGCCACCUCCUUAUGAGGCAGUGAUUGGAGAAACACCUGCCAGUCAGGUCACUGGUACUGAUCAGCAAGUAUCUGAAUCAAGCUUGGGUGAGAGGAAUGCGACCCUGGGCUUCAGCACACAAGUUUCUGUUGAGAGCACCUCAUUGAUAACCUCUGAAACUGCUGAAAUCCCAGACCACAGCUGCUCCUCUGACGAUCUUUGUUCGCUGGAAGUUCAAGGAUCUCUCCGUUCUUCAGAUUUUUCUCCCUCCUGUACAAACUGCAAAGGGGCUACAGGCCAGAGCUGCAACAGUCUGGACUGCAGCACCCGCUGCAGGUUCCAUAGAACUCGCUCAGAAGGUUUUCCUGAUGAGGAUGUCAGUUUGCACAGCAGAAUCUCUAUGGACAAGUCUCAAGGACAGGAAAAUGAAAACUCUGCCCACGGCAGAUCCUCAGACUGUUCCUCAGAGAAUUUCAACCCCUCAGAAAGAGAACUGCAGAGUACUGCUCAAGAAGGCAGUGUCUCGUCACAUUUGAAACAAAUGAAAAUCUGCUGUGGGGUCUUUAGCCAGCCUUCUGUCCCUUCCCACACCGCUCCCUGUUUUGGGCCUGCAAAUACUUCAUCAUAUGCACGCAGUUCUGAGAGUACUGUCCAGCAGCAUCAUGUUACAGAACACCGCAUUUCAAAUAUUGUCCGAUCAACCAGUGAUCCUGUAUCAUGUUCGUCUUAUCUAGAAGGUGAUCGUUGUGCCUGGAGUCCUAUAUGUAGACAGCAUCAAGAUGCAGGAUCUUCAGCCACAUUAGAAACAGUUCCUGUUUCUGGUUCUCAUAUGGCUGCCUCUGCUUGUCAGCAUUCUUUGAGCAGUUUCCUACCAACUGGAAAACAGAGGGAUACAAGGAACAUUGAUCUACACUUAAAGCCAAAGGCUUUGCAAACAGUCUCAAAAGGACGACCACACUCUUUAGUGGACCUUAAGGCCUAUAAAGAUACAAAAAUUUUAGUGGCAAAAUUUUUGGAACAUUCAAACUGUAAUCUCCCUCCAGAAGUACGUCAUGUAGUGAACAGUAUACGAUCAGUAAUAAAAUCUGAUGAGAGACACAUGGAAGAAGCCAUCUUCAGUGCCAAUAUUAUAGACCAGGUAAUUACAAGUUCCCAGCUGGGUGUGAAUACCUCUAGAAAGCGACUUCAGGAAGACCUUCAUCUUCAGAGUUGUGGUGCUCUGAGCUCUCCAGUGGCCUUCUUACGCAGGUCCCGUAUCACUCGCAGUUUAGAGCGGGACAGGCCUCGCAGUUUAAUUGGAGUUUGCCAGGAGACCAGCCUGUGAAAAUACUGACAGGUAUGUGAUUCCAGCAGAGAGAAUUAAGGAAGAAACCAGGACUGGGAGAAAUGCGAGUAGUGGAUGGCUUAAAAAGGAAGAAGUGUCUUCCUUUGGAAUUCUACUUUUUUUCCAACAGCAGGAAGAGAACACCUGUUUUUCUGAAUGUAAAUUUCAGCCUUGAAUUUUGAAAAAAAAAAAAAAAAAUAACUGAUUUAUUAGUAAACUCAUAACAAAUGUUUUCCCGACCAGAAAUGCAUAUAUUUCACUGUACUUAUAGAAAUGCUGCUGAUGCUGUCUAGCAUUUCUUCAAAACCAUUGCAAAACCACCACAGACUGGCUGUACAACUUAGAAGUUGUAUUUAUUUAAUGUACCUCAAGGUGUUUUAACUACUAUCAGUGUUUUAAUAAAAAGUAUUUCUGGACUUUGCUUUUUCAACAACUGAUUUGGAUAGAACUGUAAAGGUGAUUGAUAUGCACAGAGUGCUGCUUCUAAUUCAUUUUUCCUGUGUCUUUCAUGCCAGGCUAACUGAUCUGCUGUAUUAUUCUUUCCCUCUUAACUUCUGCAAUGUGUUGCCCCUUUAAAUAACACAGAAGGCUGUGGUGUGGUUUAUUUUUACUUUGUUCUCAAUGGUCAUGAGGUUGUUAGUGGAGUAGCACAUGCUACUGAAAGCUGACAUUUUAAGUACUCUGUGAAUUGUGGCCAACAGGUGCAUUAGGGAAGAAUGAAAUUGCUGAAAUUCUGCAUUUCCAAUAAGGUUUUCUAAGCUUGUAAACAUCAGGUGAUCAGAAACAAGAUGAAUUUUUAUCUAGCAGAGCCAUGAACAAUUGCAAAAAGAACUGUUAUGCCAAUUAGUAGUUUGAACGUUUGUAUUACUAAAACAUUUCCUUGUGGCUCUGCUGCAUUUUUAUUAGAAUUAUCUUAGGGAAAAGAAAAAAAAGGUAAGUAUUGUUGACGCUAAUUUGAUUACCAGCAUAAACAGAGCUCUACCAGCUCUUCCGGUGCAAGAUUAAUCCUGGCUCUCUCAGAGGAAAAUGGAAAGGCCUCAAACAACAAGAUUCUCAUAAAGAACCUACCACAAGUUUUGAUGUUUCAGGGUUUUAAUUUUUUUGCAGCAGUGCUUGUCAGUAGCAUUACAGUUUCCGUUUGAGGUUUAGUCAUAUACUGCUUUCAUUUGUGUCAUUCUGAGCUGGGCUGACGUCCUUUGAAAAGGUCACAAAGGAAUGUAGCUGCAGAUGAAUAGUUUAAUUUUUAUGGAAUAAUCCAUUUGAAAGUAUACCAUGCUUCCAUAUUGAUGUGAACUUACAGUGACAUCCAGUGGCAACAAGGUAUGCUAUCGGAAAGCAGCAGCUCUAAGGAUGAUACAUUAAUUACUAAUUAGAGAGACAAAUUCUCUUCAAAAAACAAUCUGUGACCUUUGCAACUGCACUUAGUUGAAGAAUUAAAUGGUAGUUGAAUUCUUUACAAUGUAAAGUUGUGGAACAAACAAAAUAAGCGUGCUUUCUUUGUUACUUCAGAUUUAUUAGUGAUAAUAGGUUAAUUCUUUCCUAAGGUCAGUUGCAUGCAACACACUACUCCUUGAAGUACAGUCAUCUAAGGAUCUUUAGUUACUGCAUGAUAAGGCUUAUUAAGUCACAGUGUAUUUUCCUCAAGGUUUUGCCCCCUCUGCACCCUCAACCCCCUUCCCCUCCAAAAAAAAAAACCUAGACAAAAAGUUACACCAAUUAACAUUUAUCGCAUAAAGAAUACAACUUUACUACUAUUUUUUUUAAAUCUACACACAUUCCAGUACUGCUGAUGGUGCUAGGUUAUUUGUUGAAACAAUUUACAUUCAGAACACAUUGCCCCCAGAAAUAAGAAUGCUUUAUAAAAAAACCAACAGAAAACAGGUAAGCAUGGCUUUCCCAUUUUGAGCUCGUAUUAACAAAGAAUAUGCAAAAAUUAGAAGAAAAAAACAGCCCAACACAUACAUUACACAAACUGUGCAAUAAGUCAUCCAUGAAAUCACUCAGUUAAAUCAUAAAAAUCACAAGCAUUAA